UCCUCCACACACUUCGCCACGGGGAGGAGAACACGGGGGUGUUCCUUUCGUCUGCCCACGAGAAAGAAAGGAGCUUUGACAGAGAGCCCACGGCGGGAGAGCGCAGCCCGGCAAGCCCGGGCCCUGAGCCUGGACACUCAGCAGAACCAGGCAGCACCACUGAAGCUUUGCCUCGCCGGACGUCCCCGCCUUCUACGCUCUCAGCCUCUGCUGGAGAGACCCCCAGCCCCACCAUUCAGCGCGCAAGAUACCCUCCAGGCCCUCGUCACCUUUUUUCAAGUCAAGAUUUCAUCCCAUACACGCAUGACUCAAUCAGAGUUGGAAAUGUGGAUAUGCCCUGUGUGCAAGCCCAGUAUAGCCCUUCGCCUCCAGGGUCCAGUUAUGCAGCGCAGACCUAUGGCUCGGAAUACAGCACGGAGAUCAUGAAUCCCGAUUAUGCCAAACUGACCAUGGACCUCGGCAGCACAGAGAUCACGGCCACAGCCACGACAUCCCUGCCCAGCUUCAGUACCUUCAUGGAGGGCUACUCCAGCAGCUACGAAAUCAAGCCCUCCUGCGUGUACCAAAUGCAGCCGUCUGGGCCACGGCCUUUGAUCAAGAUGGAAGAGGGCCGCGCACCUGGCUACCACCACCAUCAUCAUCACCACCACCACCACCACCAUCACCAGCAACAGCAGCCAUCCAUUCCAACCCCCUCUGGCCCGGAGGAGGAGGUGCUGCCCAGCACGUCUAUGUACUUCAAGCAGUCCCCGCCGUCCACCCCUACCACGCCAGGCUUCCCCCCGCAGGCAGGGGCGCUGUGGGACGACGCGCUGACCUCCUCUGCGCCCGGCUGCGUCGCGUCCGGUCCGCUGCUAGACCCGCCCAUGAAGACGGUGCCCACGGUGGCCGGCGCGCGCUUCCCGCCCUUCCACUUCAAGCCCUCGCCGCCGCACCCGCCCGCGCCCAGCCCCGCUAGCAGCGGCCACCACCUUGGCUAUGACCCGACGGCCGCCGCCGCGCUCAGCCUGUCCCUGGGAGCCGCGGCCGCUGCAGGCAGCCAGGCUGGCGCGCUCGAGGGCCACCCGUAUGGCCUGCCUCUGGCGAAGCGGGCGGCCGCGCUGGCUUUCCCGCCGCUCGGCCUCACGGCGUCCCCUACUGCCUCCAGCCUGCUGGGCGAGAGCCCCAGCCUGCCGUCGCCGCCCAACAGGAGCUCAUCUUCGGGAGAAGGCACGUGCGCUGUGUGCGGGGACAACGCCGCCUGCCAGCACUAUGGGGUGCGCACCUGUGAGGGCUGCAAGGGCUUCUUCAAGAGAACAGUGCAGAAAAAUGCAAAAUAUGUUUGCCUGGCAAAUAAAAACUGCCCAGUAGACAAGAGACGUCGAAACCGAUGUCAGUACUGUCGAUUUCAGAAGUGUCUCAGUGUCGGGAUGGUUAAAGAAGUUGUACGUACAGAUAGUCUAAAAGGGAGGAGAGGUCGGCUGCCUUCCAAACCAAAGAGCCCAUUACAUCAGGAACCUUCUCAGCCCUCUCCACCUUCUCCUCCAAUCUGUAUGAUGAAUGCCCUUGUCCGAGCUUUAACAGACUCAACACCCAGAGAUCUUGAUUACUCCAGAUACUGUCCCACUGACCAGGCUGCUGCAGGCACAGAUGCUGAGCAUGUGCAACAGUUCUACAACCUCCUGACGGCCUCUAUUGAUGUAUCCAGAAGCUGGGCAGAAAAGAUUCCGGGUUUUACUGAUCUCCCCAAAGAAGAUCAGACAUUACUUAUUGAAUCAGCCUUUUUGGAGCUGUUUGUUCUCAGACUUUCCAUCAGGUCAAACACUGCUGAAGAUAAGUUUGUGUUCUGCAAUGGACUUGUCCUGCAUCGACUUCAGUGCCUUCGUGGAUUUGGGGAGUGGCUCGACUCCAUUAAAGACUUUUCCUUAAAUUUGCAGAGCCUGAACCUUGAUAUCCAAGCCUUAGCCUGCCUGUCAGCACUGAGCAUGAUCACAGAACGACAUGGGUUAAAAGAACCAAAGAGAGUGGAGGAGCUAUGCAACAAGAUCACAAGCAGCUUAAAAGACCACCAGAGUAAAGGACAGGCCCUGGAGCCCGCCGAGCCCAAGGUCCUAGGUGCACUGGUAGAACUGAGGAAGAUCUGCACCCUGGGCCUCCAGCGCAUCUUCUACCUGAAGCUGGAAGACUUGGUGUCUCCACCUUCCAUCAUUGACAAGCUCUUCCUGGAUACCCUACCUUUCUAAGCACGAGCAAUCUGAGCAGGGUGGCCGCCUCAUCUGCUAGCUCCUGCUUGUUAAGCAGAAAGGGAUGGGGCUGGACAUCUACGAUUUUUCUGUCCCUUCAGAGAAAAAAACAGCUCCUAUAGAAAACAAAGACAUUUUCCUGGAAUCUUUCCUGACAACCUAAAACCAGAAAACUUACAGAGUAUUGUGUUGGAGUUGUGUUUUCUAUUUAGGCUUUGGAGGGUGGGGUGGGAAGGGUUAUAGUUCAUGAGGGUUUUCUAAGAAAUUGCUAACAAAGCACUUUUGGAUGAUGCUAUCCCAGCAGGAAAAAAAAAAAAGGAUAAUAUAACUGUUUUAAGACUUUCUGGGGAAUAUAAUUAUGGUUGCUUUGUAUUUAAAAACAAGAACAGCCUAGGGUUGUUCGCCAGGGUAGGAUACAUCUUAAGAUUGAUCCCUUUAGAAUACACUUCCUGUAUCAAGGGUAAGUAUGUGGUGCAAAUAAGAUAGAAACUCCGUUUUUGUAAUUUCUUUCUUUUUUAAAAAAUUUUGUUUUAACAAAUGGUAAAAGACGAUGGAUUACCUACACAUCAGACAUAGCAAAACAAUAAUGGCUGUUCGCUUCCAUAUUCAAGUGCAAUUUUUAAAGUGCUGUCUUACUAAGUCUUGUUCAUGAACUCUCCUUUAUUUCAUAUGGAAAUUAAAAGGAAGCAGUCAUGUUUGCAGAUAACAUGCUGAUUCUCCUAGAAAAGGCUCCAUCCACAUGCCCUAAAACCCUUUGGAGGUAUGGUCCAUCCAAGACUUCCAGACCGUUCUUCAUGGAACUCGAUCCCUGUCGAGUCUCUAGCUGUACUGAUGGGGGAUUAUAAAAUGGAUUACAUACACUUGUUUUGGUUGUGUUCUAUCAACCCUGCCAGUUGUACCAGCUUACUGAUACAUUCAUUCAGAAAUCUAAGGAGCAUUUGAUGAAUCAGUCAAGUAUUUGAUCCCCAGAUGAGAACAUGCAAAUAAGUAGGAACUGGGUUAUACAGGGUAAACACCAGGGAUAGUAAGGAGAUAUAUAUAUAUAUAUAUAUAUAUAUAUAAUCUCAUAUAUAUAUAAUUUAAUUUUUGUUAAUGGUUAAAGAGAUAAUUUUUGGAGAGUGGGCAAGUCUUUUUUUUAAAUAGUAUUAAUGUGAGUACCAGAAAAGAUUAGUGGGCUGCGUUUCAACAUUCCGUGUUCGUACUCCCUUUUGUAUGUUUAUACUGUUAAUGCCAUAUUAUUAUGAGAUAAUUUGUUGCAUAGUGUCCUUAUUUGUAUAAACAUUUGUAUGCACGUUAUAUUGUAAUAGCUUUGCCUGUAUUUAUUGCAAAACCACCAGCUCCUAGCGGCUGAAUUACAGAAUAAUUAAAUGGGGUGUUCACAGUGACUUGGAUACACCAAUUAGAAACUAAGCAAAUAUAUAUAUAAAUAUAGCAGGUUACAUAUAUAUAUUUAUAAUGUCUUUUUAUUAACCAUUUGUACAAUAAAUGUCACUUCCCAUGCCCGUUAUUUUAUGGUUCAUUUGCAGUGACUUUUAAGGCAGUACUGUUUAGCACUUUGAUAUUAAAAUUUUGCUUAUGUUUUGCUAAAUUCAAAUAAUGUUUGAAGAUUUUUAGGUCUAAAAGUCUUUAUAUUAUAUACACUGUAUCAAGUCAAAAUACCUUUGGCCAUUUUGCUAAGAAACAAACUUUGAAUGUCAAACUGAUGUCACAGUAGUUUUCAUUAGCUUUAAAUCAUUUUUGCUUUAGGCUUUUUAAAGGAAAAGUAACAAAACUAUGCUGUUUAUAUUGUCAUUAAAUCAUACAAUCAAACAAAUGCCAAAUGAAUUGCCUAAUUGCUGCAAAUUAUAACCUAGAUAACAAAUCAUAUAAUUUUUUCUGAGUCCUUCUGAUAUUUGACCAUGUAUUAUGUUUGUGUGAGCUUUUAUGAAAGAUUAUUUUUGUAUCAAGAUGAUAGGAUCUGAAUCGCUGGGGUUUUGAAAUGUUAGACUUGGAAGGGCCCUGAGUUGUUAACCAGUCCAAUCUCCUGCAGUUCAUAGAGGAGAAAAUGAAGGUCCAUUGAAAGGCAAAAGAGUUUCACAAAGUCAAACAGCUAAUAACAGACUCAAGAAUGCGAUCUAACUCACCUUUCCAUGGUCUUUUAUCUCAACUUUCUGCAGCUGUAAGAAAAUAAGCUUUUAAAUAUAAUCACUAAUAUUAACAUUUUACCUGAAGAUAACCACAAAUAAAGUAGUAGUUUGUAUUAAUUUUUUGAGCUUAUAUGCAAACAUAAUAAACAUCAUUAAAUAUCAGGAAAGCUAACAUUUCAUACAAGAUAGCUUCAGACCAAAUUCAAAUUGAAUUUGAAUAAAUUAGAAGUACUGUGCAUACAUAACCUUCCUGUGCACCAUGAAUACUUGGAAAGUUAAUCCUUGCUUUUGUUAUCUCUGAAAAGGAAAAGCAAAGCAAAACAAAAACAACAAAAAAAUGCUUCACUUGUUAUUUUUACAUCCACCAGAUUUAAGAAAAAGGACUUUUUAGCUGUCAUAUCUUAUCAGUUGGAAGGGAUAAAGAAGCUUUUUAGUUAUAGGUCCAGACACUAGUGCUGAAAAUAAUGAUUAUAGCCAGUGGUUUUUUUUUCUGUCUUCCAUAGUUAUUGCAACUAUGAGAGCCUCCCCAGUCAUGCAUCAAUUUCUCUCCCUCUCUGUCUUUCUCUCUCUCUCUCUCUCUCUCCCUUCAAUGUUAACACACAAAUUUAUACAGAGUGUAUGACCACACUAGCUCAGAAGAAGACAGCAAGCAUUAAAGCAGGUGAUUCUUUCAACUCUCUCAAUAUGAACAUGCCUUCCAUGGGCAGAAAUCAGGAAUCCACCAGCUGUUAACGGAGAGUGCCUUGCUUUUAUUUCAGACAGCAGAGUUUUCCCGACUUCCUCUACUCCUCUAACAGCACUGCUCUUUAGUGUGUGUUAACCUGUGGUUUGAAAGAAAUGCUCUUGUACAUUAACAAUGUAAAUUUAAAUGAUUAAAUUAAAUUACAUUUUA